AUUUACGUGCUGAGUAUCGUAGGUAGGUACGUAUGUAUAUAAAACCCAAGACGCGCCCGAAUGUAGACGUAUACCGCCAAAUACACUCGUCCGAGUUGCAUCGCGAGAAAAAAAUGUCGAUAAACAGGAUUUCAGUCGUUCUGGUAGUGACAAUAAUUGUUUCGAAUACGGUCCACUGUACUGUUUCGACUUUGCCCGCCACGAAUACACACACGGCGCUGCAUGACGAAUUGUUAAACGUCCUAAAAAAAUUUCACUCAUCGUCACCGGGCACGGAUCCAGAAACGCCGGUGACGGGGACCACACCGAUUUCGCCACAUUCCGGUCGGAUUUCGAUUAUGCAUUUUCCCGGGGCGACCAGUUCCUUCAACGCCGAUCAAUCGUCUAAAUCAUCGGCCAAUCCUAUUGGCACUCCUAAUCCGUUAGUCCCGGGUGUGCUGCACCAGCCACCGUUCGGCCUCGACCUGCAGGUGCCCGACCGUGUUUACAACCAAAUGACCGAACCAUCACCAUCGCGAGCACUCCUGCAGUCACGAGGAAUCGGAGGAAAUCCGCUUCCUGUUUCCGUUCCGCCGACAAUCGCAGAUCCGAAAACAUCACCCACUCAUAUGCCACCAGCAUCGUCCCAUUCCCCGAACCCGACCCUGCAAAAAAUAGAGCCGGUCAAUUUGUCGCCCAAGUUCAACCAAGAGCUGACAAAACUGUUAGGCGAUUUGCGGAUGACUCCCGGUACACUGCAAGAACCGGCUGCUACCCCGGGUCAAAAUCAAAUGAUCGCCCCCGGUGAGACUACUCUUCAACUCCAUUCUCCCGGUUCACCGAUCUCACAGCAGCCCCCCAGAGUCCAGCGACCGAUUCUCGGCCCGAAUCAGACGCCGCUAGACUAUUUACUGAGUCCGGCAUUCCCGAUACACCAAUUAAAUUCUAUAAAUCGUCAACCCCUGCCGACCAAUAAACCACGUCCAAACUUGGAUUUUGUAAAAUAUUUGCUGACUUUACCUCGAUAUCAACAAGCUUUAAACGAAUUGAUUGCAAGUCAAUCUUCAAUUCAAACGUAAAAUCAACGAAUGCGUUAAACAUAAAUUAUUAUAUAUAAUUAGGUAUAUUAUUUAAUCGUUUUAAAAUUGUCUUAUAAAUUUUUAAUAGUUAAUAGCCCUGCUCUCUGUGGGCUAUCUUUUAACUU